AUGCCGGCGGGCGGUGGCUGGAGGAAGCAGGCGGUGGCUGGCGGCAGACGGCGGUGGCGGUCGGCAGCAGGCGUCGACUGGUGGCAGUUGAGGAUUGCCGGCGGAGCGAGAAAUAUGUGCGUCAAAGAUCACUUCGGGAAGAGUGGACGGAAAGAGGAGGCCCAUAAGGCCUCUACGACUAUUCCCACAAUCCCAAUCCGCGGUGGCACUGCGGCAGGCGAUAGCACAGCAUGCAAAUGCAACGAACGGCGUCUUCCUUCCGCCGCCGGCGUCGAGGAAGCGAGAGCUGCGAGGUCGGCGUGCGGCGACUCGAAGCCAACCUUCGAGCGCUUAAAACACAUAGAAAAUCAGAGAAACUCCAGAGGAAAUCAACAAGCAUACCUGGGAUGGACUCGUAAAAUGUGUCUGACAUUUGAUGUUGUCGGGCUGAUGCUCAUGUUGCGGUUGAGGCGGGAGGCUUCUUCCGGCGAUAUGGUUGGGUCAUAG